GAGGGGCGGGGGAGACGCUGACAAACCAAGAUGGCGGCGGCGGCGAUGGAGGCCGCGGCGGUGGGGAGGUAACUGUGGUGGUGAAGGCUCCGGUAGUCGGGAGGCAGCGGCAGGGUUUGCAAGGAACGGAGCAGAAAGAAGAGGCGGUAACAGUAGCGUCAGCCUGAGCCUCUCAGAGCGCGGCAGCCACACGCCCCCUAGGCCCCCGGCGGGCGGCGGCCGCCCCGCUUAGGGCCUAGUCUCCGAGCAGUGCCUCGGCUUCAUCCAGUGGCGUCCGCCAUGAGUCCUUAAGGGAGGUCCGAGCCCUCUAGUCCUAGGGCCCACCAUGGAGCCGGGGUCCGACGACUUCCUACCGCCGCCGGAGUGCCCGGUGUUCGAGCCUAGCUGGGCCGAGUUCCGAGACCCUCUUGGCUACAUCGCAAAAAUCAGACCCAUCGCUGAGAAGUCGGGCAUUUGCAAGAUCCGCCCACCCGCGGACUGGCAGCCACCCUUUGCUGUAGAAGUGGACAACUUCAGGUUUACUCCCCGAAUCCAGAGGCUGAAUGAACUAGAGGCCCAGACAAGAGUGAAACUGAACUACUUGGACCAGAUUGCCAAAUUCUGGGAAAUCCAGGGCUCCUCUUUAAAGAUUCCUAAUGUAGAACGGCGGAUCUUGGACCUCUACAGCCUCAGCAAAAUCGUGGUGGAGGAAGGUGGCUAUGAAGCCAUCUGCAAGGACCGUCGGUGGGCCCGGGUGGCCCAGCGCCUCAACUACCCACCAGGCAAAAACAUUGGCUCCCUGCUACGCUCCCACUAUGAACGCAUCGUUUACCCCUAUGAGAUGUACCAGUCUGGAGCCAACCUGGUGCAGUGCAACACACGUCCAUUUGAUAAUGAGGAGAAGGACAAGGAAUAUAAACCCCACAGCAUCCCCCUUCGACAGUCUGUGCAGCCUUCUAAGUUCAACAGCUAUGGCCGGCGGGCCAAGAGACUGCAGCCUGAUCCGGAACCCACAGAGGAAGACAUUGAAAAGAAUCCAGAGCUGAAGAAGCUACAGAUCUAUGGGGCAGGCCCCAAGAUGAUGGGCCUAGGCCUCAUGGCCAAGGAUAAGACUCUGCGGAAGAAAGAUAAGGAAGGGCCUGAAUGUCCCCCCACCGUAGUGGUAAAGGAGGAGUCAGGCAGCGACGUGAAGGUGGAGUCAACCUCACCUAAGACCUUCCUGGAAAGCAAGGAGGAACUGAGUCACAGCCCAGAGCCCUGUACCAAGAUGACCAUGAGGCUGCGGAGGAACCACAGCAAUGCCCAGUUUAUCGAGUCAUAUAUAUGCCGGAUGUGUUCCCGAGGGGAUGAGGAUGACAAGCUCCUGCUGUGUGAUGGCUGUGAUGACAACUACCACAUCUUCUGCCUGCUGCCUCCUCUGCCUGAAAUUCCCAAGGGUGUCUGGCGGUGCCCAAAGUGUGUCAUGGCGGCUGGGCAGAGCUUUGGAAGAAAGAGGAGGUGGAGACUCAGCCUUUGCUUGCAUCCUCUGGGAGCUUCCAGACCACCAGGGGAGGAGUGUAAGCGCCCCCCUGAAGCCUUUGGCUUUGAGCAGGCUACCCGGGAAUACACUCUGCAGAGCUUUGGCGAGAUGGCUGACUCCUUUAAAGCCGAUUACUUCAACAUGCCUGUGCACAUGGUACCCACAGAACUUGUGGAGAAGGAGUUCUGGCGGCUAGUGAAUAGCAUUGAGGAGGAUGUGACUGUUGAGUAUGGCGCUGAUAUCCAUUCCAAAGAAUUUGGCAGCGGUUUCCCCAUCAGCGACAGUAAGCGACACCUAACCCCUGAGGAGGAGGAGUAUGCUACCAGUGGUUGGAACCUGAAUGUGAUGCCGGUGUUGGAGCAGUCCGUACUGUGCCACAUCAAUGCAGAUAUCUCCGGCAUGAAGGUACCCUGGCUCUACGUGGGCAUGGUCUUCUCAGCCUUUUGCUGGCAUAUUGAGGAUCACUGGAGUUACUCCAUUAACUACCUCCACUGGGGCGAGCCGAAGACCUGGUAUGGGGUACCCUCGCUUGCAGCAGAACAUUUGGAGGAGGUGAUGAAGAAGCUGACACCCGAGCUCUUUGAUAGCCAGCCUGACCUCCUGCACCAACUUGUCACCCUCAUGAAUCCCAACACCCUCAUGUCCCAUGGCGUGCCGGUUGUCCGCACAAACCAGUGUGCAGGAGAGUUCGUCAUUACCUUCCCUCGUGCUUACCACAGUGGCUUUAACCAAGGCUACAACUUUGCAGAGGCCGUCAACUUUUGCACUGCUGACUGGUUGCCAGCUGGGCGCCAGUGCAUUGAGCACUAUCGCCGGCUGCGAAGAUACUGUGUCUUCUCCCAUGAGGAGCUCAUCUGCAAGAUGGCUGCCUGCCCAGAAAAGCUGGACCUGAAUCUGGCAGCAGCUGUGCAUAAGGAGAUGUUCAUUAUGGUGCAAGAGGAGCGGCGUCUGCGAAAGGCCCUGCUGGAGAAGGGCAUCACGGAAGCUGAACGAGAGGCUUUUGAGCUGCUCCCAGAUGAUGAGCGCCAGUGCAUCAAGUGCAAGACCACGUGCUUCCUGUCCGCCCUGGCCUGCUACGACUGCCCUGACGGCCUUGUCUGCCUUUCCCACAUCAAUGACCUCUGCAAAUGUUCCAGUAGCCGGCAGUACCUGCGGUAUCGGUACACCUUGGAUGAGCUCCCUGCCAUGCUACAUAAGCUGAAGGUUCGGGCCGAGUCCUUUGACACCUGGGCCAACAAAGUGCGAGUGGCCCUGGAGGUGGAGGAUGGGCGGAAGCGCAGCCUUGAAGAGCUGAGGGCUCUAGAGUCUGAGGCCCGUGAGCGGAGGUUUCCUAACAGUGAGCUGCUGCAGCGACUGAAGAACUGCCUGAGUGAGGCGGAGGCUUGCGUGUCCCGGGCACUGGGUCUGGUCAGCGGCCAGGAAGCUGGCCCCCACAGGGUGGCUGGUCUACAAAUGACCCUGGCUGAGCUCCGGGCCUUUCUGGACCAGAUGAACAACCUGCCUUGUGCCAUGCACCAGAUUGGGGAUGUCAAGGGUGUUCUGGAACAGGUGGAGGCCUACCAGGCUGAGGCCUGUGAGGCCCUGGCCUCACUACCCUCCAGUCCAGGGCUACUGCAGUCCCUGUUGGAGAGGGGGCGGCAGCUGGGGGUGGAGGUUCCUGAGGCCCAGCAGCUCCAGCGGCAGGUGGAACAGGCGCGAUGGCUGGAUGAGGUGAAACGCACGCUGGCUCCCUCAGCCCGAAGGGGCACCCUGGCUGUCAUGCGGGGACUGUUGGUUGCGGGUGCCAGUGUAGCCCCUAGCCCUGCUGUGGAUAAGGCCCGGGCUGAGCUGCAGGAGCUGCUGACCAUUGCUGAACGCUGGGAGGAGAAGGCCCACCUCUGCCUGGAGGCCAGACAGAAGCACCCACCAGCCACACUUGAGGCCAUAAUCCAUGAGGCGGAAAACAUCCCUGUUCACCUGCCCAACAUCCAGGCUCUCAAGGAGGCUCUUGCUAAGGCCCGGGCCUGGAUUGCUGAUGUGGACGAGAUCCAAAAUGGUGACCACUACCCUUGCUUGGAUGACUUGGAGGGCCUGGUGGCUGUGGGCCGGGACCUACCUGUGGGGUUGGAGGAGCUGAGACAGCUAGAGCUGCAGGUACUGACUGCACACUCCUGGAGGGAGAAGGCAUCCAAGACUUUCCUCAAGAAGAAUUCUUGCUACACACUGCUGGAGGUGCUCUGCCCGUGUGCAGAUGCUGGCUCAGACAGCACCAAGCGCAGCCGGUGGAUGGAGAAGGAGCUGGGGUUGUACAAAUCUGACACAGAGCUGCUGGGGCUGUCUGCACAGGACCUCAGGGACCCAGGCUCUGUGAUCGUGGCCUUCAGGGAGGGAGAACAGAAGGAGAAGGAGGGUAUCCUGCAGCUGCGUCGCACCAACUCCGCCAAGCCCAGUCCACUGGCAUCAUCGACCACAGCCUCCUCUGCAACCUCCAUCUGUGUGUGUGGGCAGGUGCCGGCAGGGGUGGGAGCUCUGCAGUGUGACCUAUGUCAGGACUGGUUCCAUGGGCGAUGUGUGUCGGUACCCCGCCUCCUCAGCUCCCCGAGGCCUAGUCCCACCUCAUCCCCACUGCUGGCCUGGUGGGAGUGGGACACCAAAUUCUUGUGUCCGCUGUGCAUGCGCUCACGGCGCCCGCGCCUGGAGACCAUCCUGGCACUGCUGGUAGCCCUGCAGAGACUGCCUGUGCGGCUGCCCGAGGGCGAGGCCUUACAGUGCCUCACAGAGAGGGCCAUCAGCUGGCAAGGCCGUGCCAGACAGGCUCUGGCCUCUGAGGAUGUGACUGCUCUGUUGGGACGGCUGGCCAAGCUUCGCCAGAGGCUGCAGGCUGAACCCAGGCAUGAGGAGCCCCCUACCUACCCUUCAGCCCCUGCCUCUGACCCUCUCAGAGAAGGCAGUGGCAAGGAUAUGCCUAAGGUUCAAGGGUUGCUGGAAAAUGGAGACAGUGUGACCAGCCCUGAGAAGGUAGCCCCGGGGGAGGGCUCAGGUAAGAGAGACCUGGAGCUGCUGUCCUCGCUGUUGCCACAGUUGACUGGCCCUGUGUUAGAGCUGCCUGAGGCAACCCGGGCCCCCCUGGAGGAACUCAUGUUGGAGGGAGACCUGCUUGAGGUAACCCUGGAUGAGAACCACAGCAUUUGGCAGCUGCUGCAGGCUGGGCAGCCUCCAGACCUGGAGCGGAUCCGCACGCUUCUGGAGGGUCUCUCACAGGCUGCAAUCAAGGUGUCAGCCGGGGCUGCAGUUAUCUCAAGGCAUGACUGGGGAAGGAUCUCCUUCCAAGCUCACUCACAUGGCUGUUGGCAGGAUUCAGUUCCUUGCAGUUGUUGGACAGAAGACCUCAGAUUCUUGCUGGCUGUUGGCUAGAGGUGACCCUCAGGUUCCUUGCCAUGUGGACCUUUCCACAGGGCAGCUCACAAUGUGGCCACUUGCUUCAUCAGACCAAUCAAGUGAGGAGAGAGAGAAUUGUGUGAGUGUGAGACAGAAGUCACAGUCUUUAUAAUCCAAUCUCUGAAGUGACAUCUCAUCACUUUUGCAAUAUUCUCUUUAGAAGUAAGUCUAGGAGUAAGACCUAGGUCCAGGCCACACUUGGGAAGGGAUUACACAAGGAUGUGAAUACCAGGAGGUGGGGAUCAUUGGGGGCCAUCUUGGAGACUGACUACUAUAAUUUGUUCUUUGGCCCCCAAUGAUUCACAUCACUUCCAUGUGCAGAACUCAUUCACCCCUUCCCAAAGUCUGUAAAAGUCUCACUCCAUUUCAGCAUCGCCUCAAAGUCCAGAAUCUCAUCUAAAUUGGGUCCAGGUGUGAAUGAGGUGCCUCAGGUGUGUUCCUUAAGUAUUAUUUUUCUCCUGUAGAUCUGUGAAACUUAAGAGACAUCUAUCCCCAACACACUCAACAUACAGUGGUGGAACAGGCACAGGAUAACUGUGACACACUCCAGUUCAAAAAGGGGGGAAAAUGGGGGAGACAAAGGCGUUGCUGGUCUAUAGCCAUUCUGAAAUCCAACUGGGCAAAUGGAAGUUCCUUGAUUAGGUUUUAAGGCCUAGGGAUAAUUCUCCAUGGCUCUUGGCUCUGCUCUCUGGGUACUUGGUCCCAUCCUCUCUGCCUUCCUUCCAUGAAAGGUGGCACAUGUUUGCAGCCAAGUAGUUUUCCCAGUCUGUUUCCUGCCAGUAGAAUUUUGGGGGUCCAGUGGCUUCUUUUCAUUUUGUGCUGUCUCUAAUCAGCUGCCACUGGGAAAUGAUUCCAUAGAUGGGCUUGGUGUUUCUCUGCUGUUGGCAGGUUGGGCAUUCAGCAGUAACUAUAGCCCGAUUGGCCUUGGUGGAAGUCCAUAUUGUGGAGCCUAUGCAUAAACUCCAUGCCUGUCACCCUGGCCAUUUUGUUCAGGAGUCCAUUGGGUAAGGAAAAGGGUGACAGGGAUAGAGAUUGGCUGACGUCUACAGAAUAGGACAUCUUGUCCAUCUGAUUGAGAUCCCCGUCUACAGAGGAUUACCUCUGGUGCUUAUUUAUGUGGGACACAAGUAUCCUCACACUCUGUCCCCAUUCCAAGAGGGACAUCGAUAUGUCUCUUCCCAGACCCCCUUAUUAAGAAUACUUCAAUCCCGUUCUUUUCAAGUCCUUGACCGUCUAGCCAAAUCAUUAGUAACUAUUCAUGAAUCAGUGGAGAUCUAUACCUCUGACCAUCUAUGUGACCAGACAGUCUUUCUACUCUGGGGAGAAUUUCCCUUCUCAUUGUCCUUCAGGAUCAACCCUAAGUGGGGUUAUAACACUGCAGCUAGCCACUUCCAGCUGGUGCCAGCAUAUCAUGAAGAACUAUCUGUAAACCAAGGUUGAAUAUUGUGUCCCUUAGUCAUCUGGUCACAGGUAAUGCCCCAUGAGGCCUCAGAUGUGAGAAAGGGAUGGCAGUACAACCAGUGGGAGUAUGGUCCACUCAGGCAGCUUACUUGUGGUCUUCUAGACCUGCUUGUACAUACCUAUUCUAUUUGGUGGUGGAGUGCUUCUGCUCAUGGCUUGAUGGGGCAGUUAACACAAAGCUCACCAUGGGCAACUCAGCUUGCACAGGUCACAUGGUGUCCUACACUCAGGCAUUCAUUCACAAAGUAGAUCUGCUUUUUCAUUUGUUAUUUUUCUCUGCUUCUGAGACUCCUAUUAUCAUGACGUGGCCACUUCUAAUUUUACCCUCCAUUUCUUUAGUCUUUAAAAAAAUAUUUUGUAUGUCUUUAUAUUUUGCUGCUGAUUUCCAGAAGAGGUCCUCAAUCUGGUCUUUCUACUCACUAAUUAGUUCUUCAGCUGUAGCCCUACUACCCUUUAUGCCAUCUAUACCAUGUGUCCUCCAAUAAUAUGUCCAGGAACUGGGCAAAUCACCACAGGAUGGGACUUGGGACCCCCAGGCCCCAAUAUGAUAAGGACUCAGGCCAACACUUCAUGUAUGACCUGAUCCUACUCUGACUGGUGGACCACAGUGACAGUCUAGGUCACUGGGAAUUAACAUUAACUCAGAACCAGUACCUAGUCUAUUUGAAAAGGUCUGGAUAUUUCCCUGUCCCCAGGGCACGAUUACACUGGCUGCAGGACUCUGUGGGAAAAGCAAAGAGGGGGUUUCACCACACACACUUGUGAAAAAGCAUAGCAAGGUCCUUCUUCAAGUGGACAUUCCCCUUUCUUCAAGGGGAUCUAGUCUGUGAACUGGAGGAGAGGCUGGGACUCUACAUUUUGGGGACUACAUCGGGCCUCCGUCUGCUACACUAGAUUAUUUUAGUUAUGUAAAUCAACUAGGACCUUGUUAGGCUGUUCAGCUCUUUUGACCCAAGGGAAACCAUGUUUAAUUAGCCACCACUAUAGAUCCCCACAGGUCAAACCAUUCUGACUACUGCCCUGGCUCUGCUGUCCAUUAUAGGAACCAGACCCAAAUUGUCUCUGGAGGUGAUUCUGUCAUCCCCAUUGAAAUCAGGGGGCCCAUUAUCAUGAUCUCUCACCAUGACCGCAACUUACAGAAAAAAACCCACCACAAUGUUUUUUAAGAAUAGUGGUGCUCGCAGAUGUAUUAGUUAAGGUCAAGUUAGCUUCUGGGACAGAAAAAAAAUCUCUGUGAUUACUUUUCUUGCUUCUGUAAUGUUCCAAAACAAGUGUUAAUAGUUGGGCUACCCUCCUCUAAGUGGUGAUUCAGGGGCCUAGGCACCUUCUGUCUAGAUGGUCUGCCAUAUUAAAAAUGUCAUCACCAUUGUACUAUUGUCAUUUCCUCUUCUGGUUGGCUGGGAUGGAAAGACCAUGUGGGAGGUUUCUAUGAGCUAGGCCUGCAUGUAGUGUGCAUUACUUCUACUCACAUUCCAUUAGCUAGAACUCAGACAGUGGCAUGGGACACUGGAAAAUGUGGUAUAAAUUUGUCCUGAGGAGGAAGAGAAAACAGGCUUAAUGACCAUCGAGCUAGUCUCUGCCACACCUCAUAAUAUAUUUCUCAAAGCCAAUGUGAAAGGAAUGUCCACAUAGUUAGAGGGUGAGUUAAAUGGGUUACACAUGAUGAAUUGAUUCCAGCAUUCUUAUUGCCCUGAACAUUUGGAAGGUGGCUAUGCUCACCGCUAUACCAGCACCACUAGCGUUUAGAUUCCUUCAACUACAUUUUACAUCUGGCGUCUUAGCCUUAUUUAACACAGGCUAGUGUUGAGUCCAGCUUUCAGUCAAUCAAUAGAACAAAUCUUAGAAAUACUCCUAGAUGCUUCAGCUAACACAGUACAUCCAGGAUUGCUGGUUAAGUGCACCCAUAUUGAAAAGUUUGGCUCUACCAAAACCAGAUAGAGACAUCACAGGAAAAGAAAAUUAUAGACCAAUAUCCCUUAUGACUAUAGAUGCAAAAAUCUUCAACAAAAUACUAGCAAACCAAACCCAAGAGCAUAUUAAAAGGAUUAUACACUAAGUUCAAGUAGGAUUUAUCCCAGGAAUGCAAGAGUGGUUUAACAGCAGAAAAUUGAUCAAGGUUAUA